AUGUCCAGGAGUAUCCGGAAGGAUGAAUCCAACUUGAGGAAUAUUCAUAUUUUACUAACUCAGCAUCACUCUCUCUCUCAUUAUAGAGCCUCUAAAUGGAUCAAGUCUAUUAUUAAUAAAUCAAAUGUUGAAAUCACCACUUUUUUGGUUGGGAUGCCAGGGCUGGAAUAUGCACACAUCUGGAUCUCUAUCCCCAUCUGCAGCAUGUAUCUUUUUGCUAUUCUAGGAAACUGCACCAUCCUUUUUGUCAUCAAGACAGAGCCCUCCUUGCAUGAGCCCAUGUACUACUUCCUUUCCAUGUUGGCCGUGUCUGACAUGGGCUUGUCCUUCUCUUCUCUACCCACCGUGGGGAGGAUCUUCUUAUUUGAUGCCCCUGAAAUUUCUGCCAGUGCCUGCUUUGCCCAGGAAUUCUUCAUCCAUGGAUUCACAGUAUUUGAGUCCUCAGUGCUCCUGAUCAUGUCAUUUGACUGCUCUCUAGCCAUCCACAGCCCUCUGCGAUACAACUCCUUUCUGACUCCUGUCCGAGUUGCCAAAAUAGGAAUGGCAUUCUUUUUCAGGAGUCCCUUCCUCUUCACUUUGAGAAGUUUGAAAUAUUGUAAUAAAAGCCAAUUAUCCCAUUCCUACCGUCUUCACCAGGAUGUCAUGAAGUUGGCCUUCUCUGACAACCGAAUUGAUGUCAUCUAUGGCUUUUUUGGAGCGCUUUGCAUUUUGGUAGACUUUAUGCUCAUUGCUGUGUCUUACAUUCUGAUCCUCAAGACUGCUGGUAAUUGCAUCCCAAAAGGGCAGCUCAAGGCCCUCAAUACUUGUGUUUCACACAUCUGCGCAGUGAUCAUCUUCUAUCUGCCCAUCAUCAACCUUGCCACUGUCCAUCGCUUUGUCAGACAUGUCUCACCUCUCUUCAAUGUUCUCAUGGCAAAUGUUCUUUUACUUGUGCCUCCAAUGAUGAAUCCCAUCGUGUACUGUGUGAAAACCAGGCAAAUUAGAGUGAGAGUUCUAGCAAAAUUAUGUCAGAAGUAG